GAGUAGUGCCUAGGCGCUGGAAUAAAAGUUCUCGGAGAUAUCGUCAUCUCGAUGGUUCUAAGCCGCCUUGCUGAUGACUAAUUGACUUGGAUGGCAUUGGAAGAACAUCCCACACACCCCCCAGGAGUACAAUUUAACUUCCGUCACUUGUGCUUCUAAUCGCGCCAUCUCGCUGUUCUGGUACCUAAUGCUCUGAGCCUCUCUUCUCAGCGUAACCGGUCAUGCGAUUCGGCGACCAAUCCCAGGCGGUCCUCCAGCAGACCGGAUCCUUUACCGGCUACCGGCCUAUUCUCGACCUUGGAGAUCACUAUCUCAGCGCAACUGAUUCAUUCAAGCAGCCACUAUGUGGUAACGAGGAGGGUUGGGGUCCUCUGAGCCCCUUUCGUUACGACUUCACGCCAUGCUUCGUCGACAUUUGGGUUUUCGUUGUUGCUGCCUUCGGUCUUAUAUGCGGGCCGCUGGCCAUUUGGUAUGUGCUGCGGAAGCAGAAGGCCAUUGACGUUCACAAAGGUUGGCACUUUUGGACGAAGCAGUCUCUGCUCGUGCUCGUUAUUGCCGAUAUUGCCGUUCAACUCGUCAUCCAAAUACAUCACUUUCCUCGCAUAUGGUUCGGCGACUUUCGGUUCCUUACUACUCUACUCACGCUCAUAUCGCUCGGUGUCAUUUUCACUAUUCAAUGGCUGGAGCACGACCGUUCAAGAAAUGCCAAUGGCGUGGUCCUGUUCUACUGGCUUCUUUUAUUGAUUGCAUAUACCGUCAAGCUCCGAUCGUUGGUGUCCCAGCAGUUGUAUGAAAAGGACUUAGCGUACUUCGUCACAUAUACUGUAGGAUUUGGCCUCUCUCUGGUUGAAUUUCUUUUCGAAUGGCUCUGGCCAAAGCAGGCAAGCGCAUACGAGGCUUUGAUAGACGAGGAAGGAGUAGAAUGCCCUGUGGAAUAUGCGAGUAUUUUCUCUCGCCUCACUUUUUCGUGGAUGACACCAAUGAUGCAAUUUGGGUACAAGCAAUUUCUUACAGAGGAAGAUCUAUGGGGUCUUUCCCCAGAUGCCACGACCCAAGCAACGGGAACCCGUUUCGAAAAGGCGUGGCAAUAUGAGUUGACGCAUCGCAAGAAACCUAGCAUCUGGAUAGCCAUGUUCAAAGCCUAUGGUGGGCCCUAUCUCGUCGCAACAUUCUUCAAACUUAUCAAUGAUCUCUCUGCCUUUGCUCAACCACAGCUCUUGCGGUAUCUUAUCACUUUUGUAGCCUCAUACGAAGGUGAUCAAGUACCUCAGCCUCCAAUCAAAGGGGCCGCUAUAGCGAUUGCAAUGUUUUUUGUCGCAGCACUGCAGACUAUUGUGGUUCAUCAAUAUUUUCAAUUAGCAUUUGUCACUGGAAUGCAUAUUAAGUCGGGUCUAACCUCGGCCAUCUACAAGAAGUCUCUUAAGCUCUCAAAUGAAGGCCGUUCGUCCAAAACUACUGGGGACAUCGUCAACUAUAUGGCUGUGGACGCGCAACGACUUCAGGAUUUAACCCAAUUCGCCCAACAAGUUUGGUCUGCUCCUUUUCAGAUCAUAAUCUGCAUGAUCUCGCUCUACCAGCUUGUGGGUUGGUCUAUGUUGUCUGGAAUCGGUGUUAUGCUCAUCAUGAUCCCCAUCAAUGGCUUUAUCGCUCGAUUCAUGAAGCGCCUACAGAAACAGCAAAUGAAAAACAAAGAUUCUCGAAGUCGAUUAAUUGCUGAAAUAAUCAAUAACAUGAAGAGUAUCAAGCUUUAUGCCUGGAGCACAGCCUUCAUGAACAAGCUCAAUUUCGUGAGGAACGAUUUGGAACUUAGAAACCUUCGUAAGAUUGGUGCUGGACAAGCGUUUGCUAAUUUUACUUGGUCUACAACCCCAUUUCUGGUCUCCUGCUCCACCUUUGCGAUCUUCGUUUGGACGCACGAUGUUCCUCUGAGCACAGAAAUCGUUUUCCCAGCCCUUGCUCUUUUCAAUCUGCUUACUUUUCCGCUUGCUGUUCUACCCAUGGUCAUUACCUCCAUCAUCGAGGCUACUGUUGCUGUUCAGCGCUUAAGUGAAUAUCUUACCGCUGAAGAAAUCCAGUCUGACGCCGUGAUUAUUGGCCCGGCCGUGGAGGAGCGAGGAGAUGAAGCAAUUAUCAUUCGGAAAGGCACUUUCUCAUGGAACCGCCAUGAGACGAAGAAUGUUUUGAACGGUAUUGACUUUACGGCCCGCAAGGGUGAUCUCAACUGUAUUGUUGGUAGAGUCGGGCAAGGCAAAUCCUCCCUUCUGCAAAGCAUACUCGGUGAUUUAUGGAAGGUCAAGGGAGAGGUGCACGUUAAUGGAACGGUGGCAUAUGCCUCUCAACAGCCAUGGAUUAUGAACGCGACAGUUAAGGAAAAUAUCAUCUUUGGGCAUCGAUACGAUUCGAAUUUUUACGAAAAAACUGUUAAAGCAUGUGCAUUGCUUGACGACUUUGCUCAACUUCCCGACGGAGAUGAGACACUCGUCGGUGAACGUGGCAUCUCACUGAGUGGCGGUCAAAAAGCACGAGUCGCGCUUGCUAGGACUGUCUAUGCACGAGCUGACAUUUAUUUGCUUGAUGAUUGUCUUUCCGCCGUUGAUUCUCAUGUUGCCCGGCAUAUAGUAGAGAACGUACUUGGUCCACGAGGUCUUCUCAACUCCAAGUGUCGCAUUCUUGCCACUAAUGCCAUUGCCGUUCUCAGCGAUGCUGAUUUCAUAUACCAGUUGAAAGAUGGGGAAAUUGUUGAAAGUGGAACCUUUCGUCAGCUAAUGGCUAUGAAAGGGGGCAUUUCUGAGCUUAUUAAGAGCUCUGGACAAGAGUCUGGCCCAUCCUCUGUUGCCAGCUCUUCGGGAUCUGGUCCCGACAGGUCUGGCAGCGAAACUUCUACCUUUAUUGAACCUGGUUCUCAUCAGGAUGAGGUAGAGAUAGAGGAAGCCCAGGAAGGGCUAGCUGAACUGGCGCCCAUCAAGACCGUCAACUCUUCGAGUGCUCGGAAUCGUAGAGGCAGUAUGGCAACUCUUAGACGAGCUAGUGCAGCAACUUUUACCGGUCCUAGGGGUAAGAUAGGGGACGAAGAAGACCCAAGCGCCAAAACCAGGCAAUCCAAAGAACACUUGGAACAAGGCAAGGUCAAGUGGGAUGUUUACCUUGAAUACGCCAAAACAAGCAAUCUCUUAGCUGUUGCCAUCUAUAUGUUGACGUUGAUUGCAGCUCAAUCAGGCCAGAUUGGUGGUAGCUUCUGGCUCAAACACUGGUCAGAGCGGAAUUCCGCAGCCGGUGGCAACCCUGAUGUAGGUAAAUAUCUCGGCAUCUACCUCGCUUUCGGUGUAGGGUCGGCCGCAUUGACGGUUAUUCAAACCUUGAUUCUAUGGAUAUUUUGCUCUAUUGAGGCUUCAAGGAAACUCCACGAACGCAUGGCCACAGCUAUCUUCAGGGCCCCAAUGUCCUUCUUCGAUACUACACCUGCUGGGAGAAUUCUGAAUCGCUUCUCGAGUGAUAUCUACCGGCUGGACGAAAUCCUAGCGCGGACUUUCAAUAUGCUAUUCGUCAAUCUCUCCCGCUCUGGUUUCAUUCUCGUGGUUAUCUCGGUUAGUACCCCGGCUUUCGUUGCUUUGAUUGUCCCACUGGGCGCUGUGUACUACUGGGUCCAACGCUAUUACCUCCGAACGUCGCGAGAAUUGAAGCGACUAGAUAGUGUUAGUCGAAGCCCCAUGUACGCACACUUUCAAGAAUCACUUGGAGGCAUCAGUACCAUCCGAGCGUAUCGACAGCAGGAACGCUUCGAGCGAGAAAACGAAUACCGGGUCGAUGCGAAUCUACGAGCUUACUUUCCAUCGAUUAGUGCCAACAGAUGGUUGGCAGUGCGUCUAGAAUUUCUUGGCGCUGUGGUAAUCCUGGGAGCUGCCGGAUUCUCAAUCGUCUCAGUGACAAGUAACAGUGGUUUGAAGUCAGGAAUGGUUGGGCUUGCAAUGUCUCACGCUCUCCAGAUUACCACAUCCAUGAACUGGAUUGUUCGACAAACGGUGGAAGUGGAGACUAACAUUGUAUCUGUGGAACGCAUCCUAGAGUAUGCGCGUCUGCCAAGUGAAGCCCCCGAAAUCAUUCCUCGCCACCGACCCCCCGUCGCCUGGCCUGCAAACGGUGCCGUUGAAUUCCGCAAUUAUAGCACUCGCUAUCGUGAAGGCUUGGACUUGGUAUUAAAGAACAUAAACCUGGAUAUUAAAUCGCACGAGAAGAUUGGCGUAGUUGGGCGGACUGGUGCUGGCAAAUCAUCACUCACACUCGCUUUGUUCCGCCUUAUAGAGGCUGAUACAGGCCAGAUUAACAUUGAUGGUCUAAACACGUCUGCAAUUGGUCUGUUAGACUUGCGACGACGUCUUGCUAUUAUCCCACAAGAUGCUGCACUCUUUGAAGGCACAAUUCGAGAUAACCUUGACCCUGGUCAUGUGCAUGAUGACACGGAGCUAUGGACUGUGCUAGAUCAUGCACGACUCAAAGAGCAUGUCGCGAACAUGGAAGGGGGCCUCGAGGCAAAAAUACAUGAAGGAGGCUCGAACUUAUCAGCUGGUCAGCGACAAUUGAUAUCUCUGGCUCGUGCUAUGCUUACUCCGUCAAAUAUUCUUGUCUUGGAUGAGGCAACUGCGGCAGUUGAUGUUGAGACGGAUGCCAUGCUCCAGGCGACGCUGAGAUCGGAUAUUUUUUCCCACCGCACUAUUAUAACGGUUGCCCAUCGCAUCAAUACUAUACUUGACAGCGACAGGGUGGUUGUGCUUGAUAAAGGCGAGGUAGUGGAGUUUGAUACCCCGCAAGCUCUCAUAAAACAGAGAGGCAUCUUCUACAGUUUAGUGAAACAGUCUGGUCUGGAUACGGAAUAAGCACGCCAAGAUGUAUAUAGUCUACGUUCAGCUUACUUCCAGUUGUUAUCGGGACUGUAGAGGACUAGCUGGGUGAGACAGUCAGUCACCUGAGGCAUGUGUAGAUGUAUUCGUGGGUUUUGGCAAGGCUGGCAUAGACGGAAAUGGAGUUACACUAAAAGUAUGUAGAUUUAAUUGCAUUCCUGAUCGAUUUCUCAAG